UAAGUAAAAAAAGUAAAGUAAAAUGCUGAUUAUAUUUGUAACAAUUCUUUUUGGAUUUAUAAUAAUUUUAUAUGUUUUAUCACCUUUAAUUUCUCCAAGAACAUUAAAACUAAAUGGAUUACAUGUUUUGAUUACAGGAGGAUCUAGUGGUAUCGGUAAAUAUAUGGCUAUUGAAGCUAUCAAACAAGGAGCAAAUGUAACAAUUUUAUCUAGAAACCAAAAUAAGCUUUAUCAAGCCAAGACUGAUGUUGAAAGAUAUAUUUUGGACCCAAAUAAACAAAAAAUAGCUUGCGUUGCCAUAGACGUUUCGAAGGAUUACAAUAGUCUCAAAAACGCUAUUUCACGGGCAGAAAUUUUGAUGCAGCGCUACGUUGACGUUUUAGUUAAUUGUGCCGGAUACGCCUCCCUCGACCUGUUUGACCACCAAUCUAUCACCGAAUUCAAAAAUUUGAUGGACGUCAACUACCUUGGCUCAGUUUACGCCACGAGAUGCGUCAUCGAUAACAUGAAAAAGGGCUAUACUACUUGUCAUAACAAAAGUUUAUCCCCGUCGACCAUUAUGACUAUGAAAAAUGACGAAGCAGAGAAUGGAAACACAAUAAGUGAUGAUACACCAGGCGAUAGAAAUCUAAGAAAUAAUUCUGAAAAAGCGCGGCAAACGGGAGCAAACGAAGACUAUACUCUGAAUGAACAUCCCGAUGACGCGUCAGCUUUUAUCGUAUUAAAAACACCGCCGACUUCCAUAGAUAAUGACUCGUUGUCUAGUCACCAUCGAAAUGGAAUUACUAUGGAGAAACCAAUUGCUAAUCAACAUUUGGGAACCCCCACAAAGCAAAUUUUCCCCAAUUUGUCAACCAACUUAACUAACAAGGAUAUAACUUCGCAUAAUUAUUCCACGAACCAAAUUAUUUCAAACGGGACGCACUUUAACGAUGGUCGUGGUGCUGGUUACAGGAUAAUGUUUGUUUCCAGUCAAGCCGGCCAGACUGGAAUAUACGGUUGUUCAGCGUAUUGCGCAUCCAAGUUUGCCCUAAGGGGUUUGGCGGAAUCCCUACAAAUGGAGGUAAAACCUUACAAUAUAAGGGUAACACUGGCCUUUCCGCCCGACACAGACACGCCUGGUUAUGCUCAAGAAAAUUUGACAAAGCCCACAGUAACCAAAGACAUAUGCCAAACUUCCGGUCUAUUUAGCCCUCAGGUUGUUGCUAAACAAUUGAUCGAGGAUCUUAAGAAGGGAAAGUUUAACAGUUAUAUCGGCAUCGAUGGAUUUUUGCUCAAUUCGUUAACCUGUGGUAUGUCACCAAUCACCACCAUCACGGAGGCUAUAGAACAAGUAUGUACCAUGUCAUUAUUCCGUAUAGUCGGUCUUUUCUACAUAGAUUCGUUCGAUAGGAUGGUACGAAAACAUGUAUUAUCCGGCAAAUCAAAUGUGAAUAAUUAAAAAAAAAAUUAAUAUUUUAGAAAAUUAUUGUUAUUUUUUUUUAUAUACAUAUUUAAUAUGAAUUCCAUUUUAUUUUGAGAUACACAUUUUAUAUACCUAGUUUAUUUAUAAUUAUUUAUUUAUUUUUGAUAGACCUUAUAUAUUUUUUUUAAAAAAACGCAUACAUACUUGGACGUUUCGAAACG